AUGCACAUUGCUAGCAAGCUGGGUUUCUCUCAUUGUAUUUUAUUUGAGCAAAGCACUGCUGAGGAAUGCAUAGGGUCACAGUUGAAAAGAGAGCUGGAUGCCAUCUUGACAUUACAGGCACAUGAAGAUACCAUGGAAACAGCUAUUCAAGUAGCAUGGGAAAUCUUGGUAUCAACCCCCAAUCAUAUCAAGCACCUCCCAAGCAUCAAUCUGUCACAGCUUUCAUAUGUCCACAAACAACUCUGUGCUCAGAUUGAGCAGUUAUAUACAGUCCUUGAAUGUCUACUGUCAAGCACCAACUUAGAAAUGCAAGGUCAAGCCUUAGUUCAUCACUCGUACUUUGGUGAAGCGAAACAACUUGUGCAACAUGGCCAAUGGCAAUGUGCCAACAAAGAGACUGUCCAAUGGGAUCAAGUGAUGGAGAAGUGA